AUGGCGGAGGUGGGGGGGGUCUUCGCCUCCUUGGACUGGGAUCUGCACGGCUUCUCCUCGUCUCUGGGGAACGUGCCUCUAGCUGAUUCCCCGGGUUUCCUGAACGAGCGUCUGGGCCAGAUUGAGGGGAAACUGCAGCGCGGCUCGCCCACCGACUUCGCCCACCUGAAGGGGAUCCUGCGACGCCGCCAGCUGUACUGCCGCACUGGCUUCCACUUGGAGAUCUUCCCCAACGGCACGGUGCAUGGCACCCGCCACGACCACAGCCGCUUCGGAAUUCUGGAGUUUAUCAGCCUGGCUGUAGGGCUGAUCAGCAUCCGGGGAGUGGACUCUGGCCUGUAUUUAGGAAUGAACGAGCGAGGAGAACUCUAUGGGUCGAAGAAACUCACACGUGAAUGUGUUUUCCGGGAACAGUUUGAAGAAAACUGGUACAACACCUAUGCCUCCACCUUGUACAAACACUCGGACUCGGAGAGACAGUAUUAUGUGGCCCUGAAUAAAGACGGCUCACCCCGGGAGGGAUACAGGACUAAACGACACCAGAAAUUCACCCACUUUUUACCCAGGCCAGUAGAUCCUUCUAAGUUGCCCACCAUGUCCAGAGACCUCUUCCGCUAUAGGUAACGGACCCCUAGUGUGACCUCUGUGACCCAUGUACUCUGCGGCCGCAGUUGUCCCUGGAAGCACUAUACUCAUAGCUUUUCAAUCCUCUUUCCUAUCAAUUUAGAUAACAAAGAAGCACUUACUGUUCAACUCGACCCAGCU